UAGCGCUAUGAGGGGUCAAGUACGAUUGAUUGUGAAACACCCUCGCUUCUGUAUGUGUUGCAAGAAACCACGGGCGUCAGUGAUCAUAUGUAGAAGUCUAGUGGUCGGUACACACUGCCCUAUGCCUUCUCCAUCCUCAUCAGUAGAGCUUCAAGUAAAAGAGUAUCGGGAAUUGCUGACAUUUUUUCCACCUGGCAUUUCUUUAGCAUUUGCGUAUGGAUCUGGUGCUUUUAAUCAAGGGAGCGUAGUUAAGAAAGAAGAUAACAUGUUGGAUCUUGUUUUCUCUGUUCAUAAUUCAUCUCUGUGGCAUGAAGAAAACUUGAAGAUUAACCAAGAGCACUACUCAGCUCUACAAAAGUUUGGACCUAGAGUAGUCACACAGAUACAACGAAACUAUGGGGCUUCAGUGUAUUAUAAUUCAUUAGUCAGACAUCGUGGUCGUCUUAUUAAAUAUGGUGUCAUCAGUGUAGACGAUCUGAUUGAUGAUCUCAAUCACUGGAAAACUCUUUACAUCAGUGGUAGAUUGCACAAGCCGGUUAUGAUGAUUGUGAAGAGUCAAGAUGAACAACUUGUUGCGGCACUUAAAGCAAAUUUGAGACAUGCUGCAAGGACUGCUCUGCUUUGUCUGUCUGAGACAUUUAGUGAGACGGAGUUUUAUGUACAGGUUGCUGGUCUCUCAUACAUGGGUGACUUUAGAAUGACUUUUGGUGAAGACAAGAACAAAGUUACUAAUAUUGUGUUUUCGAAUUUGAAUCAAUUUCGUGGCUUGUACUUUCCAGUCUUAAAAGAACUUGGAUUAGAGAGACAUGAGGAGAGACUGCAAAACACUAACUCAAUGGAACACACUGUUUACUUUAAGCAAAAUCUUAAGCUUCGGCAGAAUCUUGUCACAGCAUUGCCAUCUCACUUGAAGGAAAACUUAAUGAAAAGACUGAAAGUAAAGGGAAUGAAGCUUGAUUCAAAUUGUGCCUGUGACAUCGAUGUCUCUUCUGAUAUUCAGUGGGCAGUUAGUUCUAUUGUUAAUCGGUUCAGCUGGACUCAGAGUGUGAAAGGAAUAGUGACUGCUGGUAUAUCCAAAUCAAUAAGAUAUGGUGCCGCGAAGGUGCUCAAGAUGUGGCAAAGUUUGUUUAGGUCAUAAGUAAUUAUAUUUGUUCAGCUGCAUAGGCUUUAGGUGAUUUGUUAGAUGAGUCUGAUCCUUCUGCAUUUUACACAUGUCAAACAAUUGUUGUGA